AUGGCAGUCGAAACCCAUCCCAAGGCCUUCCCCAUGGCCUCAGAAAACCUGACUAAUGAGAUCAUUGAGCUUAUCAAGCAAGCUUCUAGCUAUUGUCAGCUUAAGAAGGGCGCAAACGAGGUUACAAAAGCUCUUAACCGUGGUCUCGCAGAGUUUGUCGUUUUGGCUGGAGAUACUAAUCCGCUCGAGAUUGUUCUUCAUAUCCCUCUUUUGUGCGAAGAUAAAAACGUUCCUUACAUCUUUAUUCCUUCCCAACAAGCUUUGGGUUGUGCAUGCGGAGUAUCAAGGCCAGUUAUUGCUGCAGUUGUUACCGACAGUGAAGGCUCACAGUUAAAGACGCUAAUAAACGCCGUCCAAAUGAAGAUUGAAAGGCUAUUAAUUUGA